AUGAUCUUAGGGACAUUGAAGGGUUGUUUGUCCCUCAUGUCUCUAAGGGACAAUUUUUAUGAUGUUUGGGUUAUGAAAGAAUAUGGAAAUGAAAAGUUUUGGAGUAAAUUGUUAAGUGUUCCUCAUAUGAAAGAAUGUGGCGUUUAUGGCAAUGCCAGAGCAUUAUGUAUUUCAAAGAAUGACCAAGUGCUGAUGGAGUUUAUCAAGAAUGGGAAAUUUAAUUUGGCGGUUUAUGAUUUCAUAAAUAAUACUUUUAAGAUUCAAGACAACAUCCAUGAUGAGAUGAUGGCACAAGAAGUCUAUGCUGAGAGCUUGAUAUCACCUUUGUAG